AUGGUUUACGACACUGUCGCAAAUCGUGCUGUAUUACGGCAUUACUCCAUGGCAACGAGUUCGAGUACAGAGUUUUGUUUACACUCUUGGGGAGCUAACAGCUACGGGCAGCUGGGACAGGGACAUGUGGAGGACCUGCCAGAGCCCCGGCUGUCUGACACCUCUGCUCUACAAGACAAGGCUGUCCGGGCUCUCAGCGGCGGCGGCGGUCACUCCGUGGUCAUCACAGAGAACGGAGAGGUGUUUGUGUGCGGACAGAAUCACAGAGGCCAGCUGGGACUUGGCCACAAUGCAGACAUCACAGCUCUUCAACUCUGUCCCAGCCUGACUCAGAGGGUCACAAAAGUAGCCUGUGGUUGGGAUUUUACUCUUUUUCUCACGGAUUGUGGUCGAGUACUAGCAUGUGGCUCCAAUGCUUUUGGACAAUUAGGUGUUGGACAAACAGUCACGCACUCUGCAGAUCUACUGGUUGUUGAGAGUCUGAAGGAGGCGGUGGUGAGUGUAGCAGCAGGACUCAGACAUACACUAGCUGUUACUGACUCCGGCUGUGUAUAUCAGUGGGGGACUGGCCUUUUCACUCACGCUAAGAGAGCACUCAGUCCACGGCCUGUCCCAGCACACCUCAGCUCUGCGGUGCCCUCUCUUGUUCCAGGUCUGGAUCAGAAGACCUCACACAUGGUAACGGCUGGCUUAGCGCACUGUGUGUGCCUUACAGGAGACGGUGAUUUGUUUCUGUGGGGAAGCAACAAGCAUGGCCAGCUGACCACCACAGAGUCCUUCUUGUCGUCUCCCUGUCUUGUGAAACGCUCACUGCUGGGGGGAGAGAAAGUUAUCCAUGUGUGGAGCGGCUGGACGCACAUCGUUGCCCAAACAGAGAGUGGAAGAGUGUUCACCUGGGGCAGAGGAGAUUAUGGACAGCUGGGCCGACAAGCAUCAACCAGUCAGAACCCAGAGCAGCAAUCGACUGGUCCUUCAGCAGAAGGUAGAAACAAGGAGGCAUGUGUCCCUGCAGAGGUUAAAGUCCUCAGUGGAGCAACACAGAUUUCAUGCGGAUCUGAACAUAACCUUGCCAUUGUAGGGGGAUGUCUCCUCUCCUGGGGCUGGAACGAACAUGGGAUGUGUGGAGACGGUUCACACAGGGACGUCGUUCAGCCACAGCUCAUUUCUGGUCUCAGACCUCUUCUCAUUGGCUGUGGAGCCGGACACUCUAUGGCAGCGUGCACUGCGACGACUGACUCAAGACAAAACUCUGCAACGACUCCACCUCGGUAACAUCGGAGCAGGAACAUUUAUUCAAUGCCGUUGUGAAUUAACAUAUUUCUGACUGAUAAAGUGGGUUAUUGGUGCUUUGCAAAGCCCACAUAUGAGCACUCUAAGUGCCUUUGAAUGUACUGUAACUUUCCACCUCCUAAUAGGCUACUUAAGCUCCUUGAAAAGAUCAGGCUUCAAACUGCAGUCGUCAUAAAUACUGAGGUGUGGUUGGACACAGGCUGAGUUAUGCUACAUGUGGACAGAGCUCAUAAUUUCUCUGACCAGCCCAUCACUUUGAUGGACAUGAUCUGGGCCGAUGGCUUUGCCUAUGGCUUCUGGUCCACCUGCCGUGGUUGUCUUCCUGAUGGAAGCAGUUAUGGAUCACGUGAGGGAUGGGCUAGACUGGCGCUAAAGCUCCAUCUUCCCAUGUCAGCCGUUUUAUUGCUGUGAUCUUGAGUGUCAGAAGGCAGUCAAUCUCUGCACUUCACACUGAAAAUCUCUUGGUCCUCUCAUGAUUUAGCACUUACACAUACAGUACAGUGUAAAUAUAUAUUAUGUCCAUCACUUAUUUAUCAUCUUGGCAGUCUGUGUCAUAUUCUUUGAUGUUCUGUUUUGUCUCAUUUGCACCACUUUGAUACUGUGUACUUUGUUAAUCCCUCUUGGGAGAUAUUCGUCCGCUGCAUUUGACCCAACCUAUAUAUUUAUGAGCUGUGGGCGGCCGCAGUGCAGCACCCGGCGACUAACUGCAGGUCUGAAGCCAGUGCUGUGGUCAAGGGAAAUGGCAGGACUCAGAAUGGCUCAUUGAUGCAAUUUAUGUAAACGUUUUUAUUUUUAUCCUCAUGAUUUAUACAAAUUAAACAUGAAAAACAUCUAUCAGUGAAGUUAUGCAUUAAUGUGCUUAUACCUGGAUUAGUUUGAAAAAAAUAAAUCAACACUUGUUGAAAAAUUAUCAUAUCUGUGGGUUUUUUAUUUAUCACUAUUUAUUGUACAAGCCUGAACUGUAUUGAUUAGAAAAGACACAAAAAAUCCCUAAACAACAAAGCAAUCAAAACGAUCACUGAACACCUUUAUUGAGAUAACUAACCACAAAAUGCACGGUGUUCAAAACACACACUCAAGUCUCACUAGACGGCACAUUGGUUGCCUCUCGGUUGCGUUAUUGAUUCAGUUUGACAACAGCUGCUGUUAUUGUUUUUAUUCGGUGUCGUACAAUGAUCAGCACACUGUCCUCCCAUUUGUGCUCAGCUCUAUUGGCAGAUUCAGAUCUGCUGUACCCGACCGCACACAGAUCAGUCGGAUUGUUGGCAGUGUGUUUGCAGUUGUUUGGUAAAAAGUUGGUCCCUUCUUCACUAACUUUUACACACAAACUUUGUGGCUCUCCUUUCUGUUGUUAAUUAGGAAAGCGCAUUGCUUGCCUUUAGAAGCUGAUGCGUAUGGGGGUUACUUGUUGUGUCGUGCUUUUUAAGUGCUGAACUGAUGCUUGUUUUCAAUGGCUGGUGACUGAAUGCUAAUGUCAAAUAAGAUGUACAUUAAUUCAUCAUGUUGGUUAAGCUAUAUUCCUGAAUGGUAAGAAUUAUUUGCAUAACAGGCACUUGUCCAGUAUGUGUGUAAUGCUAUGGCAUUGGUUAGUAUUGCAUGCUAAUAUGUCAAUGUGCAUGUGUGCACAUACACAUAAGAUGUCUUUGUUAAUCAAAGUGUAGUUAUAUGUGAAAAUAUAUCAACAUUUAAUGAAUGUUCAAUAUAUAUUAAUCCUUUCUGAAUAACCCUAUAUAAGAUCUGAUGAAGCAAGAAAGUAUUUACCAAUCGUUAACAGUACACCUUUAAUGCCUCAUCAAUACAAGGUAAGAGUGGUGAUUUUUAAAGUAUGACUUUUUUUGUGAACGUUAUCUCUUUGAUGCCUGAAAACAUAUCAAAUAAAGGUUUACUGGUGCAAAACAG